UCCUUGGUGGCACUCACCUGGGUCAUUGCCUGACUCUUUUAACAGGUGCACCCUUGUUCUGUUCUAGGAUCUUGACACAGACCCUUCAUGGAGUGAAGUUUUCCUGUAGUCUCAUUCACGCCAGUAUUUUAUGUGCGACAUUUUCAAAAAUUAUGUGAAGAUACAUUUUUAAAGAAAAUUUAUUCCUCUGUGAUGGAGAGGUAUGAAAAAAUUGGGAAAAUUGGUGAAGGAUCCUAUGGAGUCGUUUUCAAGUGCAGGAACAGAGACACAGGCCAGGUGGUGGCCAUCAAGAGGUUUCUGGAAUCAGAGGAUGACCCUGUCAUUAAGAAAAUUGCCCUUCGAGAAAUCCGUAUGCUCAAGCAGCUCAAGCACCCUAAUCUUGUCAACCUUAUUGAAGUCUUCAGGAGGAAGCGGAAACUUCACCUGGUAUUUGAGUAUUGUGACCAUACUGUUCUUCAUGAGUUGGACAGAUACCAAAGAGGGGUACCAGAACAUCUUGUGAAGAGCAUAACUUGGCAGACACUGCAGGCUGUGAAUUUUUGCCAUAAACACAACUGCAUACAUAGAGAUGUGAAACCAGAAAAUAUCCUCAUCACAAAACAUUCAGUGAUUAAACUUUGUGACUUUGGAUUUGCCCGACUUUUGACUGGGCCAAGUGACUACUAUACUGACUAUGUGGCUACCAGGUGGUACCGCUCCCCAGAGCUGUUGGUGGGGGACACCCAGUAUGGCCCUCCAGUUGAUGUUUGGGCAAUUGGCUGUGUCUUUGCUGAGCUGCUUUUAGGGGCUCCUAUCUGGCCGGGGAAGUCAGAUGUGGACCAGCUCUACCUGAUUCAGAAAACCUUGGGAGAUCUCAUUCCUAGGCACCAACAAGUAUUUAGCACAAAUCAGUACUUCAGUGGGGUGAAAAUACCAGACCCUGGAGAUAUGGAACCACUUGAAUUAAAACUUCCAAACAUCUCUUAUCCUGCCAUGGGACUCUUAAAGGGCUGUCUCCAGAUGAAUCCUGCUGAGAGAUUGACAUGUGAACAGCUGUUGCAGCAUCCAUAUUUUGACAGCAUUAGAGAAAAAAGGAAUUCAGUGGAAGAUCAUGACAAACCGACAAGGAAGACCCUGAGACCAAGUCGAAAACAUCUUCCUGGGGUAAAAAUGGGGCACGACUUUACUGAUUCAAUUAUGUACCUACCUCAGCUGACUAACAGCACCAUUCUUCCAGCUCUGGAUACCAAGAAGUACUGCUAUCAUAACAAGAAACUUAACUACCAUUUUCCAAAUAUUUGAGACUAGUGAUAAAAGAAUUGAUCAGUAAUGUUAAAAAAUAAGACAUGCAUUUGAAUGAAAACAAUCACAGUUUUGAAAAAGCAUCAAAAGAAAACAAAGUAAUACACUUGGCAAAACAUAAAGGGAAAUUCCAGCUGCAGUCUUCCAUACUUGAUGCUGGUGACCAGAACAGAAAGGAAAAACCUAUUUGGAUUUUCACUUGUAUUUCUGUUGUAUCUAAGUUACUUAGUUUAUAGGCAGAAUAUAAAUUGUAUCCACUGCCCUUGCCUCUGGCAAAACUACAGAUGUAAAAAAGAUUUAUGCUUCAGAUCUCUCCUUGGUUAUCUCCUGCUUUUUCAGAUUGUGCAUCAUAAGGGGAGUUUUUGUUCUUGAAACCAAAAACACUUUCUGCUUGUUUUCUUUUGAUUUUCAUAUUUCAUAACAUUUUUGGAAUAUAUGAGUUCAAAUAUUUAAAAUAACAGAUUCUCAUAAAUUAUACUGUAUUUAAAGUCAUGUUUUACUGUAUCUUCAAAACAUUUUUUUUCUGCACUCUGUUCAUUGCUAUGUUAAUUUUCUUCAUGAGGGCAUUUGCCCUCAUUUGUUUACUGCUAAGAAAUCUACCGAAUUCUGGAAUCUGUUAAAUUAUUUUGGCUAAUCUGGUUAAUUAAUGAUAUCGUAAGGUUUCCCAAUGUAUAUAGUUUCUUGGGUAGAACUAGUCAUGGGUCAAUUACUAGUUUUAGUAUUACCUAAUUUUUAUUAUGUAGCCUUGAUUCAGUAUCCAGAAAGGACAUCCAUUUCUGUGAAUAGUUUAUAUUCUGUGUUUUUCUUUAUGUCCUUGACAUAUGACUAUAAUUACCUAACUUAUCUAGUAUUUUUACAGAAAAUCAAUCAAGAUAGAAAAAGUAUUCCUAGACUACCUUGAUUCACCACAGAGCAACCAAACAAGCCUGAGACAGAAUGGCUCAUUAUGUUCCUAAUUAUUUCUAAAUGUAUUUAUUCUUAUACUUAAUUUAACCAAAUCUGAAUCCUUUCUCAACAUAAAAUUAUUACUGUUUUACAUGUGACAGUAGUUCUACAACUUUGUUUUUUAUCUAUAGUUGUGUUAUGUGCUAUUUACUUAAGUUGGUUACCAUAAGAGUUUUUUCUAGGGGCCAAGUGGUGGCGUACCUGGUUAAGCGCACACAUUACAGUACACAAGGACCCAGGUUCAAGCCCCUGGUCCCCACCUGCAAGGGGAAAGUUUCACAAGUGGUGAAGCAGGACUGCAGGUGUCUCUCUGUCUCUCUCCAUCUUACUUCCCCCUCCCAUCUCAAUUUCUCUCUGUCUCUAUCCAAUAAUAAAUAAAUAAAUAUAUUUUUUAAAAAAAGAGUUUUUUCUACCAGAAUGCUACAGCACAGAAAAGUGAUUAUUUAAAAACUGUUUCCAGUCUAGGUUGUAUUCAACAGCUUUAUGUACAAAACAAACACACAGAAAUCCAGUAGCAUGGGGGUUGGGCGGUAGCGCAGCGGGUUAAGCCCACAUGGCACAAAGUGCAAGGACCAGCGUAGGAUCCUGAUUCGAACCCCCGGCUCCCCACCUGCAGGGGCAGCACUUCACAGGCAGUGAAGUAGGUCUGCAGGUAUCUAUCUUUCUCUCCCCCUCUCUGUCUUCCCCUCCUCUCUCCAUUUCUCUCUGUCCUAUCCAACAACGAACGACAUCAACAACAACAAUAAUAACCACAACAAGGACAACAAAAGGGGGGGAAAUGGCCUCUAAGAGCAGUGGAUUCAUGGUGCAGGCACUGAACCCCAGAAAUAACCCUGGAGGCAAAAAAAAAAAAAAGAAAUCCAGUAGCAAGCUGGCAUAUAACUAUCAGUAAUAGAAUCAGAGCCAUUCCAAGCAGGUAAAAAGGAAGACUUGUUUAAUCUACUUGUGAUAAUCUUUAUCACUGCUUUCCUAGUAUAAAUUAAAUUUUAUAAUUAUACUCAUUUUAAUGUCCAUGGAACUCCUUGAAAGCAUAGUAUACAAGAUAUCUGAGGAAACUGACAUGCAAAAUUUUCAAUUAGAGAAGUUUUUUAAUUUAAACAAGUAUAGAUGAUAGCUGUGUUGAUUUUUUUUUUUUCCUCCAGGGUUAUUGCUGGGCUCGGUGCCUGCACCAUGAAUCCACCGCUCCUGGAGGCCAUUUUCCCCCCUUUUUUGUUGCCCUAGUUGUUGCAGCCUCGUUGCGGUUAUUAUUGCCAUUGUUGACGUUGCUUUGUUGUUGGAUAGGACAGAGAGAAAUGGAGAGAGGAGGGGAAGACAGAGAGAGAGGGGAGAGAAAGAUAGACACCUGCAGACCUGCUUCACCGCCUGUGAAGCGAUUCCCCUGCAGGUGGGGAGCCGGGGGCUCGAACCGGGAUCCUUAUGCCGGUCCCUGCGCUUUGCGCCACGUGCGCUUAACCCACUGCGCCACCACCCGACUCCCAGCUGUGUUGAUUUUUACGAUUGUUCCCUAUUCUACUGCAAUCAUAAUACUUAAAUCAGUCAAGUGUGUACUUAUUAUUUUAACAAAACACCAGGCUGGGAGUCAGGUGGUAGCACAGUGGGUUAAGUGCACAUGGCGAGAAGCAUAAGGACCAGCGUAAGGAUCUGGGUUCGAGACCCGACUCCCCACCUUCAGGAGCGUGCUUCACAGGCAGUGAAGCAGGUCUACAGAUGUCUAUCUUUCUCUUCUCCUCUCUGUCUUCCCCUCCUCUCUCCAUUUCUCGCUGUCCUAUCCAACAAUGAUGACAUCAAUAACAACAACAAUAAAAACAAGGGCAUCAAAAGGGAAAAAAAUAAAUAUUAAAAAAAAAACACCAGGCUAAGUUUACAAAAUAAAUUUACUAGCAACUUUCAUUCUGAGAAAGACAUAUUAUAAAGAACAUAGGAAUACAGGAUUAUGAGAAAUGUAAGCAAAUGAUCUCAUUCAUAUUGGGAAGCUGACUUUUGGUCUGAUUCCAUCAAUGUCUCUGAUAUUGAGCUUUUCCAUAAUUGUGCAUUUAUAGUAAUAUGCUUCAAUAACUAAAAUUCUAUUUAAUACAAAAAUAUGCUGCACAUCUAAAUCACUAAGUCUAGUCAAGAGACAGUUAUGUAGCUAUGUAUGUAGUAUGUGGAAUGUUAUAAAAUUUGAAUUAAAAUGCUA